CCCACAGCCUCCCCACGGACUGAGGGGAGGUUUCAGACGUGCCAUCUGUACAGUGGGGUGCGGGGCUGUUUAUCCUUUCCAGCCAGGAGAUGUGGACAUGGUGGGGUGGGGGUGUGGUCCUGGGAGCAUGGGGGGGCUGCUGCGUGUGAACCCGGCCACUCCCGGCACCACCACCCUCUCUGUUUUCCUGUUCUGUCAUGCUGUCUCUCUCUCCACCUCUCAUUCCAGCAGCCGCUGCUCUGCUCCAGAAUUACCUUGGGCUGCGCUCAUUCCUGUCUGUGGCUGCUGGAUAAGAAUAGCCAACCCCACAUCCUUCCCCUGGGGCCUGCUUUGGGCUCUGUUAAUGGCCCACCAGGCAGCAGUUUAAAUGCGGCUGCAUCCUCUAGAGCCCCAGAGAUGAAGGGCCUCCUCACACUGGCUUGGUUCCUGGCCUAUAGUGUGCUUGCUGUGCCGGGGGACUUGCUAGGCCUGAAGUCUAUGAUCGAGAAGGUGACUGGGAAGAAUGCCCUGAUCAGCUAUGGCUUCUACGGCUGUUACUGUGGCUGGGGUGGUCGAGGGACUCCUAAAGAUGGUACCGACUGGUGCUGUUGGGUGCAUGACCUCUGCUAUGGGAGGCUGGAGGACGAAGGCUGCCACAUCCGGACACAGCCAUACAGAUACAGAUUCGCACGGGGUCUGGUCACCUGUGAGCUCGGGCCCCUCUGCCAGAUGCAGCUCUGUGACUGUGACCGGAAGCUCGUCUACUGCCUCAGGAGAAACGUGAACAGUUACGACCCUCGCUACCAAUACUUUCCCAACAUCUUCUGCACUUAGUCCCCCUCAAUGAGUUCCUCCCAGAGCAAGACUUUUGUCCCCCUUCUCCGACAACACGGAGCUCACUGACUCUGCUGGCUUCCCGAGUGAGGCUCCUGGGUCUGGGGCUUCAUUCUUUCUCCGUGGUCCACUGGGCUUGGAGGAGCCCCACUGCCACACCUUGCCGUGCAGAUGCAGAAAGCAGCAAGAGAGGGACUGCGGGCACAGGACUUGGUUCCGUCAGGGUCCCUGCUCCAGUCGUGAGGUCGGCAACUCUGGUGCUGACAGCUGACCCCGGACUCCAGGCCAGCUGUCUCUCCCCACCCUGAAGGCAGCACCCCUUCACCAGGAGGAUUUCUGGGGAUGCCUCGAUUUUUCAGUUCAGCAGUUGGAUUAUCACCACCGCCCUCUGGGGAGUUUUGCUCAAGUAGAAGCAAAAUUAACUCCAUACAUCUGCCAGGUAGAUUUUCAAUAAAAUUCAUUUUCAAGACGAAUAGAAACCAUGCAGGCAUUUUCCAUUGCUGUGGGGGACUGCCUGUUACUCUUCCUCUGCCCUGGGGGCCCUCAACUCAAAGCUAACCUCAGAGACUCUCUCAGAGACAGACGGUGCGUAAUAGAAGGUUUUCUGGGAUGAGUGUCAAGCCUUCUUUGGGGCUCAUCUCCUUAAACUUUGAGGGUCCUCUGUCGCCAAGCACUGCGUCUUAGUCCUCUUUGAGAGACUAGAGAGAAGAUUGGCAAUGAUGCCAUCUUGGGCUUCUGGGCCAGAGAGACCCACAUUCAAACCCCAACUCUUACUCCUCCAGCUGUGUGGUCUCAGGCCCAUCACAGAACCUCUCUGAUUUCCAGUCUCUUUAAAAAAGAAACUGUAAUGUUUCUCACAGUGUAAAGUGGGAAUCCCAAGGCCACCUUGAACAGGAAUGCUGAGGUUCUGGGAUUCCACAGAACAGGACAUUAAAAAGAUGGGUGUCAGCUAUGGGGUUUAUUUUUACCAAGUGAGGACAUUAAAAAACCCACCUCCUCUAUCACUUCAUAAAAGAAAUGGUAUGCUAACGCCAAGACUGUGGGAAGAAGAAAGGACGCAAAGGAGAGUCCUUUCCAAGGAAGGAUUGCC